GUUUCCAUUGGCUAAAUCGGAGCCGGAAGUGGACGUUGACAGGGAAAUCUCUUCUCUGGAGCUCUGAGUCUGUAUUCCUCUCAAAUCAGAACUCAGUAGACUCUUUGCUUUUUAGCUAAAUAAAAUAAAGAAAGUCACCCUGCAAUCGCAGCUAACAUUUUUCAGGGAUGGGCUCUAAAGAUCUGAAACUCAUGGAUGUGUUUUCAUACGAGAGUCUCGUGCAUGCAGUCGCCGGUGCGAUGGGCAGUGUAACAGCAAUGACUGUUUUCUUUCCUCUUGACACAGCCCGGCUCAGGCUGCAAGUCGAUGACAAGCGGAAAGCCAAAUCUACCCCAGCCAUUCUGUCUGAGAUCAUCAAGGAGGAGGGUCUGUUAGCUCCAUAUAGAGGCUGGUUUCCAGUGAUCUGCAGCCUUUGCUGCUCAAACUUCGUCUACUUCUAUUGUUUCCAUAGUCUGAAGGCCACCUGGCUGCAAGGUCAGAGGUCAACACCAGGACGAGACCUCCUUUUUGGCAUUGCUGCAGGUGUAGUAAAUGUUCUUGUGACCACUCCGCUCUGGGUGGUCAAUACCAGACUGAAACUGCAGGGGGCGAGAUUCAGAAACGAAGACAUACAGCCCACGCACUACAACGGAAUUAUGGAUGCGUUUGUACAGAUCAUGCAGCAGGAGGGAGUGGGUGCGUUAUGGAACGGGACGUUUCCCUCCCUGCUGCUGGUGCUCAAUCCAGCCGUGCAGUUCAUGCUCUACGAGGGUCUGAAGAGGCAGCUGAUGAGGGGCGUCCACAGAGAGCUCUCCUCAGUGGAGGUGUUUCUGAUUGGAGCCAUUGCCAAGGCUGUUGCGACCACCAUAACGUACCCUCUACAGACAGUUCAGUCUGUUCUGCGGUUCGGACAGCAUGGGCAGCCUGCAGGUCAGUCCAAACUCCUGAACAGCCUGAGAUCUGUCAUGUAUCUGCUGAUCAACAGAGUCAGGAAGUGGGGCAUGCUGGGAUUGUUUAAAGGCCUGGAGGCGAAGCUGCUUCAGACGGUCCUCACUGCCGCACUGAUGUUCUUGCUGUAUGAGAAGAUCGCCAACACCACCUUCAGGGUCAUGGGCGUCAGACGCACAGUGACGGCCCACUGACCUCUCACAGGGUGUUUAUUAGCCCACCGAUGUCAAAGGACCCUAGUAUACCUGUGUUAUGAAAAAUUAUAUACAUAUAUUGUUUCUCAUGAUCUUUAAAACAUUUUGACCUAUAGGCUUCAGUAAUUGUAAGAAAAUAAAAUAUAAAUAUUAGGGGGGGAACUAAAAUGAAAUAUUGCUUUGGCAGCUAACUAAGAUAAAUAAUUAAUUUGUAAGUACAAAAAUGACUAAAACUGAAAAGCUACAUAGAAAAAAAUAAAUAAAACACUAAUAGUAAAAUGAAGACUGAAAAUAUAAAACAAUAACUAAUUUAAAAUAUUAAUAAUGCUUUAUUAGUACAUACGUAACACUGAUUCUUUUACUUAGAAGGUUUAUAGUAUAAACUAGAUAUAAAAUGUGCCUAUUUUGAAGGUUGAUGAAAUAUAGAACUUUUUUAAUUUAUGCUCCUUUUUUUGUAUAAUUCUCACUUCUAUUUGUGUUAUUUCAUUGAUGAAUGACUUUACUAUUAUUCAGAAAUUUUUAGGAAAAUACUAAAAGAAAGAGUGUCCAAACUUUUGAUUGAUAGAGCAUUAAUAUAAAUAAUUAUCACAAAUAAGAUGUAUGCAAUAGUACUGAAAUUAAUCCUACUUAUAUAACAAUUAUUGCAAUAUGUACUCUUUAAUUCAAAAUUGCCUCAAUAGGUCAAAACCUUAGUCAGUAUAUAUGUUGAUUUUUUUUUUUUUUUUAAAUAAUAUUUCAUUAAAAAUAUGAACUGAUUGUGUUUAUGAAUACCAAUAAUUCUGGACAAAAAAUGAUGCAUGGGACGGAUCUGUUUAGUAAGAUCAUUGCUGCCAAUAUUAGAGCCUGCUCUUAGAUAUGCCUUCCUGCACUGAUACAGUUACCUUGCAAAAACAACUUCCAGGCUAGUUAUUCUGAUUCUGUUGGUGAUACUUGAUUUCACUUGACAACACAAAGCCACAGACCUUUAAGCAAAACAUUUUUACAGUCUGGGCAUAAAAAAUAUUUUGGUAACAUUUUCUAUGAAGCCUGAAUUUAUAAUAUAUUAUAAGUUUAUUCUUAAGUCAUUGUAAUGAAUGCAUAAUGCAUUAUAUAUACAAUUUUUAAAAAAAACUGCAUAAUAUAUCAACUCAUGAAUAAUCAUAACAACAAUUAGAAUGUAUCAUAAUACUUGCAUAUUUGCGGUUAUACGUUUAAGAGUAUGAUUAUUUCUAACACAAUGAACACUAUAUUAAAUCUACUUCAUUUUCAUUAUAAUGGAGUGUAUCAUAUCUUUACAUUGUUUAAGAUCUGCACAGUAUCUUACUAAAGCUUGUGAGUGGUUAGCUGUUGAGUGUUGUAUAUGGUUACAUUUUAUUUUGAUGGUCCCCUU